UUCCAGGUGGUGCUGUUUGAACUGGAGAAUUUCCAGGGCCGGAAAGCAGAGCUCACAGCAGAGUGUAAGGAUCUGGGGGAGCUUGGGUUCGAGAAGGUGGGCUCUGUGCUGGUGGAGUCUGGCCCCUGGCUGGGCUUCGAGCGGCAGGGCUGCGCAGGCGAGCAGUUCAUCCUGGAGAAGGGAGAGUAUCCUCGCUGGGACACCUGGUCCAACAGCCAGGCCAGCUAUACCAUCAUGUCCCUUUGCCCACUCCAAGUUGACAGCGCAGAGCACAAGCUCCUCCUGUUCGAGAACGCUGGCUUUGCUGGGCGCAAGAUGGAGAUCGUGGACGAUGACGUGCCCAGCCUGUGGGCGCACGGGUUCCAGGACCGCGUUGCCAGUGUGAAGGCACUCAAUGGAACGUGGGUGGCCUACAUGUACCCGGGCUACAGGGGGCGCCAGUUCGUGUUCCAGCAUGGCGAAUACAAGCACUGGAACGACUGGGAGGCCGCGCUGCCGCAGAUCCAGUCUGUGCGCCGCGUGCGCGACAUGCAGUGGCACAAGAAGGGCUGCUUCACCCUGCCAGCCAUGCCCGCCCCCCCCACGGCUCCCAGCAGCAGCUGAAGGAGACCAGAGCCCACCUCCCACGCCAGUCUCACCCCCACCCCCCUCCCUCGCUGCGCCAAGAAACGGCGCAUGCACAGGUGACUGUGUGCGAGUGAGACAAACUGGCAAUAAAGAUACUCUUAACCCAG